AUGGAUUACCGCAAGCAAAUGCUUAACAUCCUCGCUAUUGUUUUCACCACUCUUCCAGCGUUGGCUCGAGGCACUGGAAACAUAGUAGUUGAUCACUAUGGUUGGACACUUGGCUUCAGCUACAGCGCUCGGGCUGAUGGCAAAGAGUUCAGAGUCGGCAACACUCUUGGAAAACACAACGUCUUCAAGGUGAAUGGCCCUGACUUCAUGGCUUGCAUUGCGCCCUCCGAGAGUGAGGAAAUGGCCACUGUAUUUAAGUAUGCUUCUGACAAAGUUGGUGGUCCAGAAUGUGAGCACUGCAGUGUGCAGCAAGAGAAUGAAGCUAUGGCUACCAGAAAUGAUGUUGUUAGACUUGCAACUCCUGGAAAGAGAUGGUACAUUUGUGGAAAAGCUGAGGCAAGCAUUGUUGGUCAGGGAUGA